GGAACAAAUUUAAGUCGAAAUUAAGUUUUAUGUGUACUAGAAAAAACUUAAUUGUGAUAUCCGUAGUAUUAAAUUAAUACUAUAUCUAUUUUUCCAAAAGUAAUUCAUCAUGCCUCAAAAUGAGUAUAUGGAACGCCAUGUGAGACUUUACGGUCGGCGAUUAGAUUAUGAGGAACGUAUUCGUAAAAAAGAGGCUCGCUUCCCUAAGGAAAGGGCACGCAAAGCACGUAAACUGCGUGGUAUUAAAGCAAAAUUAUUUAAUAAAGAACGUAGAAAUGAGAAAAUUCAAAUUGCUAAGAAAAUAAAAGCUCAUCAGGAAAAAAAAUGCAAAAAGCAAGAAGAAAAUGUUGAGGAAGGCGCAGUACCUCAUUAUUUAUUAGAUAGGGGCCAACAGGCCCGUGCUAAAGUCCUGUCUAAUAUGAUAAAGCAAAAACGGAAAGAAAAGGCUGGCAAAUGGGAUGUACCACUUCCAAAAGUACGAGCACAAUCCGAUGCAGAAGUUUUCAGAGAAUUAAAAACUGGAAAGACCAAACGAAAGAGUUGGAAACGUAUGGUAACAAAAGUUACAUUCGUUGGGGAGAACUUUACCAGAAAACCUCCAAAAUUCGAGAGAUUUAUUAGACCGAUGGGACUAAGAAUGAACAAAGCUCAUGUUACACAUCCUGAACUUAAGACCACGUUUUAUCUCCCCAUAAUUGGUGUUAAAAAAAAUCCUAGUUCCACGAUGUUAACUUCUUUAGGAGUAAUAACAAAAGGCACUGUCAUCGAAGUAAAUAUUUCCGAUCUAGGACUUGUGACACAAACUGGAAAAGUUGUCUGGGGCAAAUAUGCUCAAGUAACAAACAACCCAGAAAACGAUGGGGUUAUAAAUGCAGUGUUGCUGGUUUAAAUUCAAAAACUUAGACUAGCCUGAAUUUGUUCAAUGUGUUAAAACUUAAUAAAGCAAUAGAAUAGAAUAAAUACUUCUACAUUUAUCGUUCACGA